UUCUCCCGCUUUACGUCGCGUGAAUGCACCGGAGGAAGAGCAACAGCUUCCGAAAUGGACGACAUUAAAGUUCUCACCAUUUCAGACCUAAUCCAACGAGGUCUUCCUCUAACUGGAACAUACGUUCUUCAUCAAUCUUCUUCCUGCAAUUCAAUUCCAGUUGAUUUGUUUCAAUCUAAUGUUAGGCAUGUUCCAUCAACCACCUCGUCUCCUGCGGAAUCAAAUCCUAGCCCUAAAGUUCUUACUUCUCUAAAGCGUCCGGCCAUCAUCAUCGGAACCCUAAAUCUCCCUACCGGUGCUCCUGGACCGUCCAACUUACACUCUUCUUGUCGAUGCCCCAGCAACAAUUGCUUUCAGUUCACUGAUGGCUCGGCUACUAUUUGCUGUGACAUACUUGACAUCGACAUUGGGAUGAUGGGAAAAGAAAUUCGGGUCUUAUCUUGGAAUUUCAUUCCAUUGAGAACGGCUGGUGGAUUCUUGGAAAUUAUAAAAUGGGACUUUCUUUAUCCGAGCGGGGUACUUCCUCGGUGCUCCAACGUCGAUCCAGUUCUCUUGGAUGCAGGUACUUGCUCUACUUCUGACGAUAAUUUGAAGAUUCGGCACUGUCUUUGUGGUGUAUUAGAGUCAGUUGGUCCAGUUAGUACUGUUCCAUGUACUGUAGGCCAGAGAAAUUUGCCGAGCAACAGGGAGUCCGAUUCAUCUAUCGGCUCGAAAAAUCUUCGAGGAUUUAUGGUUCAAAUCAUGGUUUGUGAGUGUCGGUCAUGUAGUUCUAGCGAGUCGAUGACAUUACCUGAUGAUCCUGUUCGAAAACAUUAUACUGAUUCACUUGUCAAACCGAAGAUUGUGUAUCUUUGCGGUUCCGCGUCGUCUUGGCAUCCCGUCGUAACGAAAUUCGUGGGAAGAUUUAUAACGUUUUGGGGCUUGAAAAAGAAGUUGGUCUCCAUCGGUAAGGCCGAGUCCUGUUUAAUGUAUGUGAGCACGGAGAAAUCCUCUCUCCAUCUAUCUAGGUUAUCUCAUAUAAGGCUUCCGUGCAAGAAAAAUGCCAUCAAAGGGAAGGGAGAAUGUGGAUCAUACACGGGUAUAGUAAAAGGAGUAUACAUGCAAGGAAUGCUUCUUGAGCUCGAGAAUGAGGUCUGGCUUUUGUUGACUGAUCAUCUGCUUUCCCCACCUCAUAGUCUUAGGGUGGGCGCCAUUAUUUCUGUGCGGAAUGUUCACUUUGUGAAUCCUAGAUUUCCUUGGUCAAAACUGCUUAUACUUGGUGCUUGCGUCAAGACUAGCAUCUUUGUGCAACUAUUUUCUCCAUUGGAAGCCAAGUGUCACGUCCUUUCACAGUCAAGGUGUAUGUUGGGGAAGUUUGUGGACACCUUACCUUUUUCGGCAAGACUAUGGCUAUUGCUUCUUGUUUCGUCUUUCCGGAAAAUGUUUGCCGGUGUUUUAUCUGAAAAAGAGAUCGUGGGAUCAAAAAAUAAGGAAGGACUGGUUCAAAUGUACGCUAAAUCGCAUUUACCUUUGUCUAUUUAUCGAUAUCAGCAUGGAGCAAUGAUGAAACUGUAUGAGCAUGAUUCAUGUGGCUGUGGUAGUGAACCACACAGCAUUAGCCUUGUAACUGUGGUCCCUAUCUCUGUUUUAAUUUUCCAUUGUAAAUUUACAUGGAUGAGAACCACAAGGUUGAAAAAUGAAAGAGUUAUUAUGUGUGAAUACGACCAGUUCAACCAGUUCAGACUUCUAUCAUGCGGUGGUAGAUCUUUUCAUCAGACAACAAGGAAAGUUUAUCGAAGUGAGGACAUAGGCUUUGUUUUGGUCGGCAGUCUGAAGAUUUCUACGUAUUCCGGAAGAUUGCAGUUGGUUGAUGUAACUGGAGGCGUUGAUGUUAUAGUACCAGAUCUUCCAUCGACUUGGAAUGCCAAAGGCAUAUAUGAGGUAACAAAAUAUAUUCUGGUCAUGGAAGGCAUUCCACAAAUGGAAAAGUAUUUGCCCAAUGAGUCAUUCUCAUGCAGAAGUUUUUUUCAGAGCAUCUCAUUGGAAAGGGAUCUUAGAAUAGCAAUUUUCGUUUAUUUCCAUUACAGAAAUGCAACCUGCAAGAAUUUGCCCUUAUAUUCUCGUGUUGACAGUGGGUAUGAUAUUGAGAUUUUCGAAAGUGGAACUUAUCACCUGCUACAAGUAACACACAAGUUUCCCAUGUUACAAAAGUUCCAAGGCAAACAUUUGGCACCAAACACAUCAAGCAUGUUCGUCGAGGCUGUAGUCUAUUCUUGGAAUUUAUUUCUUACCGAAAGAGAUAAAAGAUAUUCAACAAAGGCUUCAAUGAAGCAGCUGACGGAAGAUUCUGGAUCUGCAAAUUAUCAGAGACACGUUGAUAAGAGACUUAAAAUUGAUCAUCAAUCUGGGAGGGUAGAGGGUUCAGAUAUAGUAUGUAACUUUGGUGAUUCUAGCUGUGGCUUUAAUGGUUGUUGCGAUUGUUACGAAGGAUCUAAUGAGGAACAUGAAUGUUGCAACUUGAACCAUCACAGAAUUUCUUGUGUGGCUACUAUUAGUUCAAAGCAUGGUAGCCAAGAUAUGUCAGGUUUCUUAUUCAACACAAGAUGCAGAUCAAGUAGCGGUUGUAGUUACAGAUUAAAUGCCCAAAGGAUUUUGUUAGAGAUUGAACCUGAAAGUACUUUAAAAUAUCAGUUUCUGCAGAUUGGCAAUUACUACAUCACAAAGCAUUAUAAAGAUCACUCAUUAUUCAACAUAGAGGAGUCUAAUUGUGUCAAUGGCCAAAAGUUUCUUUUAACUUCAAGUACUCGUUUAUGGAGCAUAUCAUUCAAUUUUAAUGAUGAUAUCCUCCAUAGUAUUGAAUCAAACAACACUCGGUUCAAUGACUUUCCUUUCUGUGAUGGUGGAGUGAUUUCAAGAGAUCAGAUUGAUUUGCAUUAUGGAACCUUUUCAGAUAUCUAUCUUCAUCUUCCUUCAAAUGCAAAAGAUAUUUUGGUAUUUGAACUUGAUAAACAGGAAGAAGAUUUGAUCAAACCAGUCUUAAGACCUGAAGAAAUUGGCAAAAAUUCUCCCUGUUAUAGAGACGUCACAACAUCGUACAUGAAAACCUCUGUUUCCCGUGGAUCUGACUGUCUGUUUCCUGAGGGAAACUUAUUGUCCCUGCAAGGUCAUGUGGUUGCAGUUCAUGAUCUUCGUCAAAGCUGUAUAGAUUCUGAUUUAAAAUGUCAAAGCAAUAGAGAUGGUAGCCAGUGCAGAUUCUUUAUGGGCGCAACAAGCACUUGCAUCCAUCUUCUGGUGGAGGACCAAAUUGUAAAAAUUUUUGGUUGUUCGAAGAAUUAUAAUUUACCUGUCGGAUUUGGACCUGGUGUAAAUGCAACUUUCCAUCGAGUUUUAGAACUGGGGGAUCAACGAAGAUUGAUGUUGACUCCGUUAUCUUUCAUAGAUAUCAGCUCUUUCAGGGUACUUGAUUAUUCAUCUACUGAGAAGUAUUUCGACUCCAUCUCAUAUUCGGACAAUAUUUCAUUACAACUAUUUUCUGAACUGAUUCACUCUGCACACUGCAAGUUAACAAAGUUCCGUUGCAGGGUUGUUGCUGUCAAUAUUCUAGUCCUGGAGAAGAACAUUGAUCAUGUAAAUUUUCAAUUUGAAAUUCCUCGUAGGCCACCUCUUGUAAAGAUACCCCUUGCUGGCUUCAUGUUGGAUGAUGGUUCAUCCAGAUGCAACUGCUGGACAAGUGGUGAAAAAGCAGCAGCCUUAUUACGGCUGAACGAUCCGCUUCCACAAUUUGCUGACUGGACAUUAAACUGGACUGGGAUGGCUUGUAACUCUGGCGCCACUGCAAGCUAUCACCUGGGCAGGGUUGUGAAGAACCAUGGUAGAAUCAUUGUGAGAAGUUGUGGGUCAAUCCUCAAUUCUUAUCAAGACCUUGAUAUUUCUCUGGGUUCAGAUGAUGCUCUCAGCAGUGCAGACGAGAGCUUCCUCAAGUUCAUAUUAGUCAAUUCAUGUCUUGGUGCCAUUUGGACUGUCAUUGGGAGUCAGUUGGAUUCAGAUGCUGUUCGGAGUUUGUUAAAGGGACACAUAAUGGAACCCGGGUUGAUGCAGUCACAUAAUAUAUGGGCAACGGAAGUUUGUCGUACAAAUGCGCUCAAUGAGGCCAGGAAUGCUAUCCUAGAACUGGUGAACAACUGAUGGUCUUAUUUGCAUGCGAUCAGAACGGCAGGGACUGGUCCAUACAAGCCAAAUUUUCCGUAUGGCCGUUUGCCAAGUUGGUUGGUCUGAAAGGUUGGCAUUUCAAUGUUUGUUAGACCGAAUGGGCAUAUCAUCCAGAACCAGCCAUUCGUAUUUAGUGACCACUCACUGAGUUAGUAUUUGAAAGACUCGAGCCCGCUAGAGGAAAAUCUUUUGGAUUCAUCAAGUCCAUCUUGCAUUUUCCUGGGUUUAAAGUGCAGCCCACCAAGUAAUAGUGAAGCCCACAGCGUGUUGUUGCUGUCAAAUCUAUGGACUUAAGAGAGAUGGAAGUUGGCAAUGGCUACAGCUUUUGGACAAUCCCACACAGGGAAGCAGCAGUGGCGUCUCUAUUAUGCUGAAUCAAUGGAGGCCUUGAUAUAUGGCCAAUGGAAAGGAAUUUUGCCACUGGACGUAUUGUUGUCAAUGGAAAUUGAGUAAGUAUUACGAGGGUACUAGAAUUUUUUAUUUUUUUUUAAUUUUGCCAGUAAUAGAAUUACUCUAUUAAUUGGACUUUUCUUUAGUUUGUCCUGUCAAGAAAUUUGAGAUUGAUGAGGUGGCAGGACAAGAGCAAUCUGCUUCUAGAAUUAACUCUAGAAUUGGGGUUGAGUGAGUUUAGGGUUUAUUUAGAAAAAAAAAAAAUAGUAGUCUCUCAAAUGCUUUAUAACAAGUAUUCUAAAUUAAUUGGAUUUUGUCAGCUUGGUAUUAAUGGAAUAGCCAGUUUAGCAUAGUUCAUUUGGCAAGAACUAAGGAUCUUACUCAAUAUCAACUAUUAAAUAGACUUUUUGAAGCGUACUAAAAAAGUA